AAUGCGGAAAAAAAAAGAGAAACGUACGUGUCUGAUCCGAUCGCAGAAUCGGUGUCGAUGUCCUACUUAAAGUAAGUUUCCGUGAGCAGCAAAAAAAUCGGGUUGAGCGAUGCGUUGGCGCUCAAGGCAAGGGGAUCGGAGGUGCGACGUGCAUCGGGAACCAAAUCUUGCUCCUCUGCGUUCUGGCUCUCAAGCCACGGCUGAACGGCCUGGUCCCAGUUCGCCUCAUCCGAUGUCAGCGUCGGCGCAAGGCUGCUCUGGUCUUCAGGCGCUUCGGAAGCGUUUGCGGGUGGACUGUCAGGAGCUGCGGGCGGAUUUGGAACAUCGAGACUUUGAGGCUGCUCGUCUGGUUUGGCGGCCUCCUGGUCUGUGGCGUGCUCGAGAGCCGGCGUAGACUUGCCGUCUUCGCUCGGCUGUGGUGGAGUUUUAGGGCGUACGCCUUCGGUCUCCAUUAGAUCGACGGGGAAGAAGUUUCAUGAAUGAAACUCUGCCUUUCCAGCAUUGGACGU